AUGAAGGUUCCAAGGACAAAAAAGACGAAGGGCAAGGCAAUUUCCGCACCCCUCACACAAGAAGACUUUUACCUUGAAGGAGUGAACCUUGAAGAGCAAGCCGAGCGAUGGGCGCUGUCCGAUAUUAAGAAGACCCUGCGUCUUUAUCUGGAAGCAUAUAGAUCCUAUGAACGUGCUAUUGGCGCUCCCGGCUCUACACUUGAUGAGUCUUACAAUGUCAGUUAUAAUCAGACUCGACUGUUUCUCAAGAUUUAUACAGAAUAUACCGCCAAUGAUGGUCAUAUCAAUAUUUUAAAGUACGUGAACCUGGAAGAUCUGCCUGAUGUGAAUCUUCUAUGCCUUAAUCUCCCUGCAAUCAUUGAAAGAUUCCAUUAUGUUGGGACCGAGUUUGACGACAGAUGCACUUGGGACUUUUAUUUCAACUUAUUGAUUUGCUAUUUGAGUCUUGUGGAAAAUGAAGACUUGAUUGGAGAGCAGCUAGUUGACCUUUUUACUAAAUUCACUGAAAUUUCUCAAAAGCUGAUUCAAGAGCAUAUUCAAGAACUUGAGAAGCUUAUGGACGAUGAGAGUACUGGUGAAGGCAGCAAUGAGAUCUUUGAACCCCAAGAAAUGAAGUCAAGUUUCGAUAUGAGCACAGGUAAAGGAAUAAAACUCAACUCUGAAAAGCCUGCCAAGGCAGAAUUCGCCGAAGUUGAAGACGGACUAACCCCAGAAACGUUCUUGGAAACGUUAUCCGUUAGUGUUAGAUUUAUUACUGCGAUGAUGGAGAUUCUUGUAGAGACGUCAAAUGCUGAUCAGUUAUCGGUAAAUGAAUUUCAGAGAAAUUAUCUAGAGGACGGAUUAAACAAGUUUUUUUUGCAUCUACAAGACGUCAGACACAAUGUCAAGGUCUCAAGUGCUGAUUCAAGUGAUCUCGAUUUGGCGUUUAGAUCUAUGCAAGGGCUCAAAAUCGUAAUAUCAGGGAGUUUGGAAGAUCUUCAGUCGUUCGUUUCUUCGUCGUGCGAGAAUCUGGACGUCUUUCUUAGUGAUGUGAAUAUAAUAGAGACAGCUGUCUCCUUGUACAAUGACUAUGACUCAGUAUGGAAACUACGCGCAUUGUUUGGUAAUACUUUAUCCAAAGUCCAGACGGUUCUUUCUUCUAAGAGGUCUGCCAUAAUAACAGGUGAACUCAAAAACAUGGAAAAUGAGUUGAGUCCUACUGUGUUUAAAUUGUGUGAUGCUAUGAUCACAAGAGCCGACAAUGAGUUUGAGCGAUGGGCAAUUCUAAACAGGCAAGCCAUUCAGGAGCAGUCACAGACCCCUGACAAUCUCAAAACCCUACAAGUUUUAGAAAAGAAUGGAAAGGUACUUUUAUCAAACGCAUCAGCUAUUGCACAGAAACCAUGCGGUUUCCGAGAAUACGUAACGGACAAACUCAAGAGAAACUACAUUUAUCAACAGGCACACCACCGAUUGGAGUAUCUUACUAACGGAUCCAUCAGUGAAACUGUCUCAGAUAUUAUCGAGGAACAUGACUAUUACUCGAAUAUGCGCCUUCGUAAUUAG